AUGGUCAAAAGACGGCACCAAAAGAACUCGUCCAACGCCUCUUCGGCAGGCGCAGCAGCCGCCAACGACGACGAGGUGGCGUCAAACUACGGCUUCGACGGCUGGGUGCCUGGCGUGGUCGAGUCGCUGGAACGCAUCGGUUCGCCGCUGCCCAAGCUCGUCGUCUUCGAUCUCGACUACACGCUAUGGCCCCUCUGGGUGGAUACCCACGUCGACCCGCCGCUCAAGCGCAAGGGAAACGCCAUCAAUAGAGUCGUCGAUCGACACGGGCAGCCGCUCUCGUUCUUUCCGCACGUUCCUCACAUCCUGCUGUACCUCAAACGACACGGCGUCGAGAUCGCGGCUGCAUCCCGCACGUGCGCCCCGCCGGCGGCACGGCAGGCGCUCAACGGGCUCUUUCUCGUCGACGAUGCCGAGUUCGUACCCACCCCGGCCGACUCGGAGGACGAGACGGAGCAGGAGACGGGCCGAAAGGCGAGGAAGGCGUCGGCCUCUGUGACACCGCGCAGGCUCAUCAAGGCCAUCUCGCUAUUCGACCACCUCGAAAUCUACCCGGGCUCCAAGAUCGCUCACUUCCGCGAACUGCACAAGGAGUCGGGCAUCGACUAUGAAGAUCACCUCUUCUUUGACGACGAAUCUCGCAACGCCGAGGUUGGGACCAAGCUGGGCGUGCAUUUCGUCGAGGUCGGCCACCAAGGUCUGGAUCUGGCAACGUUCGAGAGGGGCGUGAGGGAGUGGAGGGCCAAGAAGCUCGUCAGGGCCAAGCAGCGGGGCGACGUCGACGACGACGAGGAUGUGGUCAAGGAGAGUGGGUUGGUCUGA